AUGUUUUCAAUAUCACUUGGGAAGAGGCAAUGGGAUUCAACAUGGGAUGGCUUGCCUAGAGAAAUCCGGCUUUUUAUCUUAGAGGCCCUGAUGCAAGACGGUUGCACACUAGGUCGCUUGGCCACAGUGUCUCGAGAGUGGCAAACAGAACUCGAGCGAUAUAACUUCGCCCGAAUCAAACUGACACCAUUGCGCCUCGUUGAUUUUAGUUCGAUGAUUCAUCGCAAUCGGGCUCUCGUUGGCUAUAUCUGGUUCUGCUUGGAACUUGAUGACUAUGAUUGCACGAAGUGCGCGCCUGUCCGUGGAACGCUCACAGACGUGGAGUGGGAAGAGGUAUUUGCUAUCAGCGAUACAGAUAACUGUCCUAUCACAACGGCAUUCCAGAAUCUGUUCUCGGUUCUUAGCACAUGGGAUCUUAACGGCGAUUUGAUACUCGAUAUUAGUAUCUACUCGCCUAGUGACUCAAAACAUUGGUUUAAAUAUCUGACCUUUAUGCCUGAUACCCCUUUAGAUAUACCAGUAGGCGGUGGUUUAGAGCAGACAAUAUUAAACAAAGUCUAUAAUGAUACUCAACAUGGCUGGGUUGCUGGUUUUCGACACUCCGCUCCGUCUGCGGCGGCUAUCCGCAAAGUUUUCCAUUCAAUUAUGGAGGAGGGACCAUUUGAUAAUGAGCAGUUAGAGCUCCAAUGGUGGGAUCAGCUUCCAUCGGUCCCGGCGGUAACCAGUUUACUUCUCCGGCAACAUAACCGCAGGAGAUGGAAGCCGGGUUCGCUUGCACAUAUGUUUGCCCGUUUUCCUAGACUCCAGGAAGUCCACUACGAGCCCUGGAGGGAAUGUGACUUUCUGCAGAGCCAUACAGAUAGAGAUUUCCAAUAUCUUUUCGAGUCUGUCCAACGUUUUAACAACAAUCUCAAGAGACUUGUUGUCUUCGAGAACUUUAAUCAACAGUACCCGACUAUUAUGCAGCGAUUCCAGCUUGGGGUUGACUUGGCCGGAUGUGACAGUACUCGCAACCCAGCCCCAGCUGUUAGCCGGAUGGUCGCACUCGCCAGCCUCAAGCUUGAGCAUCUUGCAGCAUCCUUCAUCGUAGAUGCUAGCCAUUUCUUCGAGAUCGAACCCUCUUGGGAGUGGCCAAACCUAACAUUGCUUGUGCUUACUUCAAAAUUACUUACGCCCGACGAGAAUUCGACCGAGAUUGGAGCUAUGCUUCAGGCAGCGGCGGCAGCGGCAAUAAAGAUGCCACAACUGGAAACAAUGGAGAUUUGGAACGGAAGAAAGGGGUUUGCGGCGCUCUUUAAGUAUCAGGCGUUCCGCGAUAUACAGCAAGCUAUGAUUAUUUGGAGAGGCACAUGGAAAUUGGCCAUGGAACCAUCUAUAAUCCAGGCUUGGGAAGCCGUCGUGCAUCAGUAUGACGGUUGGAGACUCAAUUUGGUUCAGGAACGGCUGGAUGAAGCUGCUAUCAAGUCUCACGGUGAUGCAAUUCACUACCUAAUGCUUUCAAGCCAGGUCAUUCGGCCCAUCUCGUUGCAGCAGAUUCGGAUAGAACAGAAAGUUCUGGAGGGCGUGCAGACCGUGUAA